GGAAAUGACGCUCCUUCUGGACAGCUGCUGCACGGCUUAAACGCGCAGGUUGAUCUCAUUUACUUUAGUGCGAGCUGGAGAUGCUGUGACAGGAGUGUGGUUUAAUGCGUUACAGGCAUACUGCGAUUAACAGCACAGUAUAGAUUUGCAUGAAUCCCUGCGGGAAAUUUGAAGUUUGGCAGUUUAGUUACACUGGACAAAUAGCCUCCUGAAAUCUUAAUAGAAUCAUGGAUGCGAUUUUUGAUGCGUCGUUUGUCGUGCCCGCGGUCAUAUUCACUUUUCUUGCAAUUAUCUUGGCUACCUCGCUCUUCGGUAAGAAAGCCGACCCAAAGUCCGAGGCAAUCGGAGACGAUGCUCCUGUAGAGGAAACUCUGAGGGAAGGAGAACAAUCACAACCUAAACCCGAAACACAUGAGGUUUCACAGAGUGAAGUUCACAGAAUAGAAGAGAUCAGGACAGAACCAGAGUCUGAUGUUCCCGCAGUGGCCCCGGUGUUGGAGGAGAUGGGAGCGCUGGAGAAAGAGCCCGUGAUCCAGGCUGAGAUUCCGCCUGCGCAACAGGAGUCGGAGAAAAGUCCGAUAACGGUCCAGCAGGCCCGGGAUUGGAUUUGGGAGUCUGUGUCACUGACCCUAUCAGCAGCAUCAAGGGUCCUGGAGAGCGAACCACCACCACUGGAGAAAGCGAUCGUUCCAGAACUCACGGACCUCGCUUCCCAAGUGGGCUUUGCACUGGCUCCUAAACCGGUGCCGGUUCUUGAAGCAGCCUCUGAACCCGAACUUGUUCCUGAAGCACCUGCUGAAGCAGAACCUGUUGCACAAGUGGUACUUGAACGAGAAAAUCUUCCUGAAGUUGCCUCUGCAGUAGCCCCCGGACCCACAUCCAUCCCUGAGGCCGCCCCUACAGUGGCCUUUGAACCCACAUCGAUCCCCGAGGCCACUCCCACGGCAGCCCCCGAACCUGCAUCCAUCCCAGAGGUCACUCCUGUGGCAGCCCCCGGACCCACAUCCAUCCCUGAGGCCGCCCCUACAGUGGCCUUUGAACCCACAUCGAUCCCCGAGGCCACUCCCACGGCAGCCCCCGAACCUGCAUCCAUCCCAGAGGUCACUCCUGUGGCAGCCCCCGAACCUGCAUCGAUCCCUGAGGCCACCCAUGUGGCAGCCCCCGAACCUGCAUCCAUCCUUGAGGCCACCCCUACAGUGGCCUUUGAACCCACAUCAAUCCCCAAGGCCACCCCCACGGCAGCCCCCGAACCUGCAUCCAUCCCAGAGGUCACUCCUGUGGCAGCCCCCGGACCCACAUCAAUCCCCGAGGCCACUCCCACGGCAGCCCCCGAACCUGCAUCCAUCCCAGAGGUCACUCCUGUGGCAGCCCCCGGACCCGCAUCCAUCCCUGAGGCCGCCCCUACAGUGGCCUUUGAACCCACAUCAAUCCCCAAGGCCACCCCCACGGCAGCCCCCGAACCUGCAUCCAUCCCAGAGGUCACUCCUGUGGCAGCCCCCGGACCCGCAUCCAUCCCUGAGGCCGCCCCUACAGUGACCUUUCAACCCACAUCAAUCCCCGAGGCCACUCCCAUGGGAGCCCCUGAACCCACAUCGAUCCCAGAGGUCACUUUUGUGGCAGCCCCCGAACUGGCAUCGAUCCCCGAGGCCGCCCAUGUGGCAGCCCCCCAACCCGCAUCGAUCCCUGAGGCCGCCCCUGUGGCAGUCCCCGAACCAGCAUCGAUCCCAGAGGUCACUUUUGUGGCAGCCCCCGAACCGGCAUCGAUCCCCGAGGCCGCCCAUGUGGCAGCCCCCCAACCCGCAUCGAUCCCCGAGGCCGCCCCUGUGGCAGUCCCCGAACCGGCAUCGAUCCCCGAGGCCGCCCAUGUGGCAGCCCCCCAACCCGCAUCGAUCCCCGAGGCCGCCCCUGUGGCAGUCCCCGAACCAGCAUCGAUCCCCGAGGCCGCCCAUGUGGCAGCCCCCCAACCCACAUCGAUCCCCGAGGCUGCCCCUGUGGCAGUCCCCGAACCGGCAUCGAUCCCCGAGGCCGCCCAUGUGGCAGCCCCCCAACCCGCAUUGAUCCCCGAGGCCGCCCAUGUGGCAGCCUCAGAAUCAGCACCCAUCCCCGAGGCCACUCCCACGGGAGCCCCUGAACCCACAUCGAUCCCAGAGGUCACUUUUGUGGCAGCCCCCGAACCAGCAUCGACCCCCGAGGCCGCUCCUGUGGCAGCCUCAGAAUCAGCACCCAUCCCUGCGGCCGCCCCUACGGCAGCCCCUGAAAAAGUAUCUAUUCCUGAGACCAGCCCUAAAGUGGAUUCUGAACAGGAAUCGGUUCCCAAGGCUUCCCCUACUGAUUCAGUGCCUGAACCUAUUCUUGACCCCUUUUUCACGACCACAACAUCAGUCUCGGAACAUUUUCCAGAAUCUGCUGCUUCUGUGGCUUCUCUGGAGGACAUCCUGCAGAUGGCAGCAGAGCCCAGCCCAGUGAAACACGAGCAUAUUGAUGCUGCAGUGCCGUCCAGCUCCGACAGUGAUGGUAAGCCUCUGAAGUACGUCUCCAGAAAACUGAGAACCAGUCAACUUGAGAAGCUGAUGACCAAGGAAGAGUUGGAGGAAGAGCAGAGAGCGGAGGAGUAGGGUUACCGCCAGGCAUUUCUGUGUUGGAGUCCAGCUUGAUGAAGAUGAACCCAAACUCUUUUGGUCAUUGAGUGACUAUGUCAUUCAGAAAUAAACAUGUAUGUGUUUCGAUUGGUGGACGGCAGCCCCGCCCUUUUUAUUCUUUGGUCUUGCACGUGUAAUCGCAGCCACGCCGUGCAGGGCUGAGGUAUAAUACAUUUUUUACCAUUGUUUCUUUGACUGCCUUUGUCAAACACAUUGAAAGAACCCUAACCCAACUUCACCUUUAAUAGGAUUUCUGUGUGGUUGGUAGUAAAACAUCCUAUAUAUUUCUGCCCCCACCACUGAGGAUAAAGUUGUAAGUUUUUGUCAGUGUGUCCUGCCUACAGACGCCCGUCGUCCGUGUUUGCUGCUCUCGCAUGCAGGUGGUCUUGUGUAGUCACCGCCUGCCAGGUUGACUGUGACGUCUUUUCCACUUGCCCUGUAUAGCUGUACCGAGAGGCCAUAUUGAAUGGAGACUAGUGUCCUGUGUUUCACACAUCAGUUAUAAUCGAUGUUUUGUUUUCUUUUUUCUUUUUUUUAAAUGACUGUGGCACUUAUCUUACUGGCCUUUGUAACAAUUAAAUGUCAAGGCUAUGUAACCA